AUGCCCAGUGACUCCCCGGCCUUCAGCAAGACCCCGGACGCCGCGGGGCUGGGGCACAAAGCGGGCGGCUUCGGGAAGGCGGCGGCACCCAUGGCUUCUUCCCCAUCGGGAAAGAAGCCGCCGCGUCUGCCCAAGUGUGCCCGCUGCCGCAACCACGGCUACUCCUCUCCGCUGAAGGGGCACAAGCGGUUCUGCAUGUGGCGGGACUGCCAGUGCAAGAAGUGCAGCCUGAUCGCCGAACGGCAGCGGGUGAUGGCGGCGCAGGUUGCAUUGAGAAGGCAGCAAGCUCAGGAGGAGGAACUGGGAAUCAGCCAGCCGGUGCCUCUGCCCAGUGCCUCUGAGAUGUUUAUUAAGAAGAACAGUGGUGGCGGCUCUUGUCUCUUGGAAAGCAGCAGCCCCGUACACUCAGCCAGUACAGCCAUGACAGCGGCUAGCACACCUCCAGAGGGCCGGAUGCUGAUCCAGGAAAUCCCUUCCAUCACCAGCAGAGGGCACUUGGAGAGCACGUCUGAUUUGGUUGUGGACUCCUCCUACUACAGCAGUUUUUACCAGCCGUCCCUGUAUCCUUACUAUAACAACCUCUACGGCUACUCCCAGUACCAAAUGGCAGUAGCCAGUGAGCCUUCCACAAGUGAGGCAGGAGGUACAAUUGUAGGGUCGCCCAUGAAAACCAGCCUUCGAAGCCUCCCAGCAACGUACAUGCCAAGCCAGUCAGGAAAGCAAUGGCAGGUGAAGGGCGUGGAGAGCCGCCACUCCCAGUACCGCAUGUGCUCCUACUACCCACCUGCCUCUUACCUGGGACAGGGGGUUGGCACUCCCACAUGCCUCCCCCAAAUCCUGACCUCUGAGGACAUCCCUUCUUACUCGGAGUCAAAAGCAAGAGUGUUUUCGCCAGCCAGCAGCCAAGACUCCGGCCUAAGAUGCCUGUCCGGCAGCGAGAACACGAAGCGGGAGCUGGAGUGCGAGCCCCACCCGGAGCCCGGCGCCUUCGCGGUGAGGCCUGGCCUGGAGGACGAGUAG